UAUUAAGGAGAGAUAAUUAGACGAUCACGUGCAGAUCACGUGCUCCUGUGCUUCUGUUCUCUUUUUACUAUUUUGUUUCUCUUCCGUGAGAGUCGGAGUGAGAGAGAGAGAGAGAGAGAGAGAGAGAUGGCGUUGAGAGCAGCCAUGCUUCGUCACGUCCGAGUCCCGGUUCAAACCCUAAUCAUAACAGGAUCGAAACUGCAGCCACGGGCUCUGUACGGUGGUUCCCUCCGGUUCCUGUCAUCCCACGGCGACGAUCAUCUGACCAAGGACGAGGUCAUCGACAGAGUCCUCUCCGUCGUCAAGAGCUUCCCCAAAGUCGAUCCCUCCAAGGUGAAUGCUGAUGUCCAUUUCCAGAAUGAUUUGGGCUUGGAUAGCUUGGACAAUGUGGAGAUCGUAAUGGCUCUUGAAGAGGAGUUCAAGCUGGAGAUUCCGGAUAAGGAAGCCGAUAAAAUUGAGUCCUGUAAUCUUGCAAUUGAAUACAUCUACAACCAUUCAUUGGCUGGUUAACUUAAUACAAUCUGCCGAAGCUCAUUUUUCUCAUUGAAUUACAUGUAGAACAGUAAUCUGCUCAUCCCCCCCCCCCCCCCCCCCCCCCCCCCCCCUUUUUUUUUUUUUGUCUACUCGUUGGAUGUUUGUAGAGUGAUCUUUAAAUUCGUGGUGGAAAAUAAUUUGAAAUCUGUUUAAAGAAGAGUAGCCUUUCCAGAAGUUGGCUUGCUAUGCUUCUUCUUUAAACAGUAACAGUUUCUUUUGUUUCCAGAAUACAUCGGAAUGGAUGUGUUUGC